AUGAGGCGUCUGUCUUGGUUUCAUUGCUGCUUCAUCCUUUGGACUUGGUUGGAGGUGUUCCCAGCAAGUUCCUUCCCAUUGUUUGGUGUAUCCAAGCGCAAAAACUGUGGAAGACUCAAUUCUUCUUCUUCCACCACACCGACAUCUCACGAGAGAUUGCUGCUGUCGGGUCAGAAACCUCCUUUCUUGGCCGUUAUCACGGAGCCAGAUGCUUGUGGCAGUGAUGAACGAGUCGCUCAAACUCUGCACGUGCUCCAGAGAGUCUUGUCAGUUUCUGGGGUGAAUCUGAUAUCUGUCCGAGUUACCAGUGACAGCAAGAAAUCUCGGGUGGUGCAACUAGUAAGAGGUUUGGUACAACUUGCUGAAGGAGAAUCAUCAUCAGAGAACCCCGGGGUCCGUAUAGUUGUAACGAGCGAUUGGGUGGAUGCUGCAAUGGAGGGUGGUGCUCAUGGUAUUCACGUCAAAGAGUCCCAUCGAGAAAGGAUUCCUGAAAUUCGGAAACAGUUUGAGCCACGACAACCGUUGAUUGGGACCUCGGCACAUUCCAUUGUCUCGGCUCAAAGCGCCAUGCAGAACUUUCAGCCGGAUUAUUUGUUUGUGGGAACUUGCUAUCCCACACAAACGCAUCCCGAAAAGUUGGAUCUGGAAGGACCCGAGUUGCCAGGUCAAGUGAUGGAAGUCAUCCAGUACGGCUGCCCUGUCUUCGCCAUUGGUGGCAUUCAUGCCAACAACUGUGCGGAACCAAUCUCCAUGGGGGCAACGGGUGUGGCAACGAUCAGGGCCAUCCUGCAGGCUAAGGAUCCAGCUGUGGUGGUGUGUGGGAUGAAGCACAACAUGCAACAGGCCUUUGUUAAAAGUGAAUGA